GCUAAAGUCAACGUGUACGUAUUCUUCCGUCAUAUAGGCGAGAAUUGUAUGGAAGAAGUACGGACGAAGGUAAGAAGGUGUGCAUCGAGGCUUGCGUGAGGCGGGCUAGAUCUAGGGAGUUACACUAUGUACCUACGUAUGGUGUACGACGGUGUGUACCCCAUGAAGUAAAGGUCCGAACUCCGGGCGAAACGGUUCUUCGACUACUACUUGGGCUUUGUCACUUGUGGCAUCCUACCUGCCUUGAGCUUGUACUUCCGUGAAGCGCAUUCCAACUCUUCGUUGCUCGUUCUACUUCACUACGACUACGGAGGCAACUGACUGCCUUGCUUUGAAUGCACUCCCCGAGCUUGGAGUAGCCACGGUGUAGUGAAGGAACACACAUUUCUUUUACUUGAGCUUCGUGCCGGACAAAUGAUCUAACCGUGAACGACUGUUACAGUUCAGACCGACUGUUCUCUUCUUUGGCUCUUUACCACUAUACCUCUUCUUCGAACUCGAAACGCGCAUCCCACAAAUUCAUAGCCCGCCCCACAAAUCCAGGAUCUGUUGAUACAAUAGCGGCUGCAGGUUACAACUCUCGACCAGCAACACCAACACCAACGCCCUUCCACCGCUCUACGAGCUACAACAUCCCUCGUUAAAAAAUGCCAAACCCGAUAUUCUGGAAACCCUACGCAAGCAGUAAUGAACACACGAAACGUGCACGAACAGACCAAAAACAGAAUCAAUCGCACACACCCGCGUAUCCGCAAAUGCGCACGGAAACGUUCUUCCUACCAUAUCCACCCAAAGUUUCACGGAACGGAGUCGGCGGUGGUACUAGCGUUCAAACGGGUGUAGAAGGGCAGAAAGCAAGGAACAGGUUUACGUCCGACAUGGACUUCCAAGUACGACUUUGGUUGAUCCAGGAAGAGACACGACGGAUCGCUGCAGUGCGAGAAGCAGAGCGGACGAGACUCAUCCAGGAAGAAAUGCGACGCAUCGAGGCGAAGUUAAUGCUCAAACGGGAGCUUGAGAGGUUGCGCCUGUUAGAGGAGAUGCGUUUAGCCCAAGAAGAGGACGAACGAGACCGAGUACGGCGCCAUAAAGUCGCGAAUGAUAAAAUCAUAUUGAACGCUUGGACGAUAUACGAGAAGAAUUGGGCCGACAUCUCCUCUCCGUCUUCCUCCGAGCCUCUAACGUUCUCGAAUAUACCCUGGCCGACGUUGAACCGACCUUCAGGGCCUUCGUCGAUCACACUUGCAGCUGUUUCGGCGUUCUUGCUGUCGGAGACACAUUCUGUGAAUCAGAAGCCGAAAGAGCGAAUUAAAGAAGCACUUCGAAGAUGGCAUCCUGAUAGAUUCGUACGCUUCUUGCGAAGAGUCCCUCUGGGAGAAAGACAGAUGGUUGACGAAGCAGUUGGUGUUGUGGCCAGACAUUUGAACGAGUUGCUAUGCAAACAUUCGGAUUGAGAGGGGUAAAUAUGGGUGCUUUUAGUUUUCACCUAAAUUGCUGUCCUCUGAAGUUGCGGCAGCAACUCGAAGUCCAUUCCAAUGCAGGCCAUUUGGAAGGUUCUAAGGCAAGAACAUCGGACAUGCGUGUGAUGGUCAACACAUUGUUCUUGAGAUGCCGUCAAUCCGUUGAUUGUGAAUAGAGAAUAUUGCAGGCUAGAGUCUCUUCGUUAGUCUUGGGCAUGAUCCAGACAUGAACCUACUGUACAUUUAGACAAUCUACGACUGCUUCGGACGUUUCAAUCUAAGCAUGUCCUCAUCACUAGUCCCUUGAGGUACAUUCCAGGUUAUAGGCAUUGCUUCGCUCGCGUGUAUAUGAUCCGACAGCUCUUGGAAACGUCUUCUUCGGACAACAAUAACUUGUGCAGCUACGGAGACAAAGGACUUCAUAAUAUCAUUAGAACCGAAGCACAAAAGAAGUCUAAUAGAGAUAUUACGUACCAACCCAAGUAUCCCCCAAAUAAACC